AGGUAGCCGCGAGGCCACAUUAGGGUGUGUCGGUGUGUGUGUAUGUCGCGUGUGUGUGAUCAUCUUUUGUUUUCCGGGUAUUUUUAUGGCGUAGUUUGUCGAUUGCUGCUACGAGAGAUGAAGGUGCAUCUUCUUUAUAAGUAUUCAACCAACAGGUUAUGGGCACAGACGAAAGUUACGAGGUGCUGAACAUGAGGAGCGCCCUUAUCUACAAAGAUCUGAGGGGGUACGUCAACGAAACGGAGUCGAAGGCCAAACAAAAUGACGCAAUUUGGGUUAGAAAGGAUGAGAAGGCCUUAAUUUUUCUAAGUAUUACGAAGAAUCAGCUAGGCCACGUGAAGCGCGCGGAAACUUCCAGAGAGGCCUGGGAAAGUCUAAACAAUAUUUACAGAUCCAAAAGUCCGUUGCAAUAAACCUGGUCACAAGGCAAAAGAUCGCAGGUCCUCGAGAAGCAGGAGGUGCAAAAUGAACAAGAGGGAGGAUGCAAUGUCCGCCGUCGUCCUGAACACAGAUGUGAACAAACAUGAUUCUUGGUGUUUGGACAAUAGGGCUACGAAACACAUGUGCAACAACAACUCAAUAAGUUCAUAUCACUCAAUAAAAAUAAACGCAAUGACAUUUACAUCGCUGCCGAGCAACACGUGAAAUCGGCAGGACUCGGUGAAGUAAAAAUCCAGUUUAUGCAACAAAUCCACGAAUAACAUAAAACUACAAAAUGCCAUGUUUCUGCCGAAUUUGCGAAUGAAUGUAGCCUCGGUUUUGAAUAUGGUUACACGAUAAAGGUUACACGAUUACGUUUAAUAAAGACGUAAAGAAAAAUGUCUGUCAAACACAAAGAUGGCUCUACAGUAUUGGUAGCUCAUAGAGAAAGACAGUUGCAUGUAAUCACAGAAGCAGAUCAAGAAGCCAUAAUGACACGGAAAGAUGAAAGCGACUAAUCUGAAAAAUUUGUAGUGCCGAGCCACGAGAACAAAAUAUGCAGACUCAAUAAACUGCUGUACAGUUUGAAGGUACUCAAAGUACCUUGAAGGCUUGUCAGGCCGAGAAUGGUAUAGUAAGAUUAACAGUUUUCUCUUAGACAUAGGUUUUAGUUGGAGCAGCGUGAACUCGUGUGUAUAUAUAGUGACUAACGAAAGUAUUCGAAUGGUUAGGUUUCUUACUUUUAGUACAUAAAAUAUAUAUGUUAAUCCUGAAUAUUUAAAACAAUUCAGUAUGUAUAACAAGAAGGAAAUCCCAAGAUUAUGUUAGUAAAAUUAGAAAGUAAUCCAAUCGCAUGUAUAGUGUUUAUGAUAGAUUAUCUUGAAAUACAC